AUGAAAAUCUACUACAUGAAAAUGUUCACAGAUUGGAAUCCCGUCAAAGGGUACAUAAUUAUGGACUACAUAGAUAACUUGAAAGCAGUACAUAUAUACGAAAACGUCACUCCAGAAAAAGUGAAGCAGAUUUUGAGACAUAAAGCUGUAAUGGAAGCAAGCUCCCUCGAAAUACCGUUAGAGGAGAGAAGGAAGUACACACAACCUUUCAAAACCCUUCUAGGAAUGAUGUUCAGGAAAGAGACGUUGGACCAAAUAACGGCAAUGUUCGCCGUGUUUGGCGAAGGAAAGUUUGCAGAGAGAGGAGAACACCUAAAGACGAUCCUUCCGGAGAUGGUAGAUCUUGACUGGGUUGAAAAUAUGAACAAAACUUUUGGUGAGUGA